AGAACACCGGCUGCAGCAGCAAGUACGCAUGCGCUACAUUGCUCGGCUGUUUCCGCCGGGGCAUUCGGAAGUUUCCGGGCUUGUGCUCGCUGGAUUGCGGUGGCUGUGUUAGGACGUGCUGCAUUGGGGGUGCUGCGUAUGGAUGAUGGAGAAUGGGGGCUGCCGAACCAACGAGUACGCCGAAUGGGCGGGGCUUACAGCAGUAUCUGCACGUGGUGGGCUUUUUGGACCUCUUUGGUGUGAGUAUGGUUGUGCCAUUACUGAAUCAUCAUAUGAAAUCACUUGGGGCCAGUCCAACGACAGCUGGUAUAAUAGGUUCCUGUUAUGGCAUUUUGCAACUCUUCUCUAGCUCUGUUGUGGGGAGCUGGAGUGAUAUUGUUGGAAGACGAUAUUCGCUAAUUGCCUGUAUUGUUAUAAGUGCUCUUGGCUAUGGUCUUCUUGGUGUGUCCAUUAAUAUUUACAUUUAUGCCAUUGCUAGGAUACCUGUGGGAAUUUUUAAGCAUUCACUCUCCAUAUCAAAAGCAUUCCUGUCAGAUCUUGCAUGUGAAAAAGAGCGCCCCCAUGUAAUGGGGAGGUUUAAUGCAGCUUCCAGUAUGGGCUUUAUCCUGGGUCCUGUUGUUGGUGGUUACCUAGCUGAACUGCAGGGAGGUUUUUAUAUGACAUCCCUCAUCUGCACUGUCAUAUUUAUAAUAAAUGCAGGUCUUGUUUGGAUUAUGCCACAGACUGAGGAAAAACUAAACAUUUCUGCUCCCUCUGAUAGCAGUGUGAAUCUAGGAAUCAACCAGCCACCAGAUUCUACUAUGAGAUCACAUAGUUUGCAGGAAGAUGAUGGGAAGAAGCCAAAUAACGCCACUCAAACAGUGUGGGGGCAAUUAAUUUCUGUUUUUAGGAAAGUCACAGGCGUGGCUUUCUCUGAGAUGUGGGACAUCUUUUUAGUCCGUCUACUCAUGGCAAUAUCUGUAAUGCUGUACUACAGCAACUUUGCCUUGGCGAUGGAAGAAAGAUUCCAUAUGACUCCUCGAAUGACUGGCUUCCUGAUUAGUUAUGGCAGUACUCUUGGAGCCUUGGCUGGAUUUUCACUGGGACCACUAUCUAGACUUUAUCAAUACAAUAUUUAUACCAUGUUGUUACAUUCAAGCGUCCUCACAUUCUUUUCAAUUCUUGUGUAUUCAGUAGCACCUAAAAUGUGGAUCGUAAUGUUGUCUUCAACAUUCUUGGCCUUUUCUACCAGUAUAGGGAGGACUUGUAUUGUGGACCUUGAGCUUACACUAGGUGAGCAGCAUGGAAGUGGCACACUAAUAGGAGUUGGGCAGUCAGUGACAUCGGUGGGACGCAUACUGGUACCCCUCUUGUCGGGAAUAGCACAAGAAUAUAGUCCAUGUGGUCCUCCGCAGCUGGGUGCUGUGUUGGCAUUGGCAUCCAUAUUCCUCAUGUACAAGAGCAAAUUAGGCUACAGUUAUUCCUCACAUAAAAAGCUUAAAGAAGCCUAAUAAUCUGACAAAUACUUCAGUAGAAUACUCUCAAUAGCUUGUGGUAGGUGCAGGUGCAGUACAUGCUUCACUAUUCCCUUUAGACUUUCUUAGAUUAAAAAUAUAAGGUAAAAGCCAUACCUUUCAUUGUAGGCCGUGUAACUAAAGAUUACUCACCCUUGCUUUAAAAUGAUGACUAUAUAGAGAAGAAACACACAUUCUCUUUUCACAAUCUAAUGAAGGAAUGUUUGCCUUGCAGAAACAUACAUUAAGAUAUAAAUGUACAUGCUUCAAUUGCAAUGUUCUACCAGCCAGAAAAUAGAAGAUAGAAUUGCAGCAAUCUUUACGCAUGUAUGCACCUGUAUUCCAAAAAUCUAUGCUUUCUGAAGUAAUAUGUGGUUAAUGGCGACUCAGCCCUAUGGAUAAGGUCUGAUACCUCUUUCUGCAUUUGUGCAAGAGGAGUAAAACCAUGUGGCUGACAGGAAUAGACCACUGUGCCCCUUUUAAUGCUCUUGAAUUAUGUGGAAAUCGUCCGAAUCUUAAGCCUUGUACACAUUCCGACGGGAAUUGU